AUGAACAAAAGUACAAGAGGAUUCUUCAUAUACUACGGCAUUUUGUCAGAUCUUUUAGGAGACGGGAUCUUUGCUGUGGAUGGAGAAAAAUGGCUGCAUCAAAAAAAGGUAUCGAGCAAUGAAUUAACAACCAAAAUUGUGAAAGACUUCAGCAGUACAGUCUUCAAAACCAAUGCAGUAAAACUUGCACGGAUAAUUUCUGAAGCUGCAACCUGCAACAAAGCAAUUGAGAUCCAAGAAUUGUUUAUGAAAGCAACCUUAGACUCAAUCGUCAAGAUUCUUCUUGGAAUUGAACUAGACACCAUGGACGGAACAAAUGAAGAAGGUACUCGGUUUGCCCAUGCUUUUGAUGUAGCAAACGAAAUGACCAUCUAUCGUUAUGUUGAUUUCUCGUGGAAGAUCAAAAGGUUCUUAAACAUUGGAUCAGAAGCACUGCUAAGGAAGAAUAUCAAAGUGAUAGAUCAAUUUGUUUGUAACUUAAUCAAAAUAAAGAUUGAAACAGAUAAUUCAUCAGAAGAUGAGCUACUGGCAGUAAAGAAACAAGACAUCAUUUCAAGGCUUUUGGAAUCUCAAGAGACCGAUCCAAAGUACUUGAGAGACUUGAUCCUUUGUCUCAUUUCUGCCGGAAGAGAUACAACGGCUAGCACUCUUACGUGGUUUAUUUAUAUGCUAUGCAAGCAUCCUCAUAUACAAGAAAAGGUUGCACAAGAAGUUAGAGAGGCAACAAAUCUGGAAGAUAGUUCAUGCAUUGAUGAGGUUGCUGCCAGCCUUACUGAAGAAGCUCUUGAAAAAAUGCAGUAUCUACAUGCAGCUUUGUCUGAGACACUCAGGCUCUACCCUGCAGUUCCACUGAACGCGAAAGUUUGUUUAGCUGAUGAUACCUGGCCAGAUGGAUUUAGUGUCAAAAAAGGCAAUUUUGUGGGAUACCAUGUUUACGGAAUGGGCAGGAUGAAAUAUCUGUGGGGUGAUGAUGCAAAAGAAUUUCGGCCAGAGAGAUGGCUCAACGAAAAUGGUCUUUUCCAGCAAGAAAGCCCUUUCAAAUUCACAGCUUUUAAUGUACGUAAGAAAUGCAUGUUGAUAUAA